AUGGUUGAACUCAGAGUCUGCAAAUUCAAUUACCACCUGGGACGAUUUGGCACAGAAAUUCCUCAUCAGAUUCUUUCCAUCUGGAAAACAGCUAAGCUGAGGAGUGAUAUUAUGAGUUUUAAGCAGAAGGGUGGUGAGAACUUGUACCAAGCUUGGGACAGGUUUAAAUCGAUGUUGAUGAGCUGCCCUCAUCAUCAUCAAUCUAAUGAGGUGUUAGUCCAUACCUUUAUUGAAGGGUUGGAGCCUAACACUAAUAUUUUGCUUGAUUCAACUGCAGGUGGGCAUGCCUUAAAGAAGACUUAUGCAGAAUUGUUCACCUUGCUGAACCGGAUCUCUAAGGGUAAUUCGGAGUGGAACGGAGGGGGAAUGAAACCUGUAGUACAGAAAAUUGCAGAAUAUGAUGAGUACACAUUUCAGCAACAUGACAUUGGGACAACAGCUUGCGCAGGUAAAUGCAGUUUCAACAACCACCGUCUUGGUGUGAGAUCUACGGAGGUAGCAAUCACGUUGCAGAGCAAUGCCAAUGGUUAUCAACCACAGGCACAAAGGGAGCAACCCAAGCAGCAAACCGGAAACAUUAGUGUGGAGGAGAUGCUGAAAAAGAUUAUGGCUGAUCAAGCCCAGUUAGCUGCUGAUGUGAGGAAUAAUCAGUUAGCUACACAGAAUCUGGAGAAGCAAUUUGGGCAGUUUGCUUGUGCCCAAAAUUCACGACCGCAAGGAGGUUUGCCUGGAAACACUAACCCAAAUCCUAAACAGGUGAAUGCAUUAAACACACACAGUGGUUUGCAAUUAGAGGAGUUAACUCCUAAGGAAAGAAACACUGAAGUUAUAAACACAGAGAGUGAACCUAAAGAGGGUAAGCUUAAGGAGAAUGAAGUAGUUGCACCGGAAGAAAGUGUGCAAUCAAUAGUGAUACCACCCCUUCCAUUUCCUCAGAAGUUUAAGAAACAAAAGGAGGAUGAAUGUUUUGGUAAGUUUCUCUCUCUCCUGAAACAAGUUCACAUUAACUUGCCAUUGGUGGAUGUUUUGCAGGGUAUACCCAGGUAUGCUAAGUAUGUGAAAAAGAUCGUAGCAAACAAAAAGAGGCUGACAGAGUAUAAGAAUGUGGCACUUACUGAAGAGUUCAACUCCAGAAUUCAGAACAAGCUGCCCAUUAAACUAAAAGAUCCAGGUAGUUUUACUGUGCAGAUUACUAUAGGGCAAAGUAUCCAUGCUCGAGGGUUGUGUGAUCUAGGAGCGAGUAUAAACUUGAUGUCAACUUCUUUGUACAAAAAACUGGGGUUGGGUAGUCCUAAACCAACUACCAUAAUUUUGCAGUUGGCGGAUAGAUCUAUAGCUAGACUUGAGGGUGUUGUGGAAGAUGUGUUAGUACAAGUGGGAUAUCUGAUUUUCCCAAUAGACUUUGUAGUAUUGAAUUUCGAGCCUGAUCCUGAGAUCCAUUUCAUCUUAGGACGACCUUUCUUAGCGACUGGUAGGGCAAUGAUAGAUGUAGCAGUUGGGCAGCUUACUAUGAGAGCUCAUGAUAAAGUGGAGGUGUUUGAUGUAUACAAAGCCUUAAAAUUGCCAGCUGUGUAUAAUGAGUUGUCUUCCAUAACCGCGAUAAAUCUUGAGGCAGAAGCUAAAUAUAUUGCAGCUAAGGUUCCUCUAGAGUGA